GUGUGCACUUGCUCCUACACCUGUCUUUAUUUUGGCUAGUUUUCUGUUAGUCCUAACAGUUCAAUCUGUAAUUGAGAACAUGACAAGCCAGGUCGCAAUUUCAAGGCAGUCUAGAUCUGUUAGAGGUCCAAGUAGUAGUACACAUGUCUCUCAGAGAUUAUGUGGAUCUUUCCCAGUUGCCCAAAAGGCUUAUAGUGUGUGCGGGGCACGAAUGGGUGGCCGAACACAAGCUUCAGUGCCUUUUGUCCUGGGGUCCUCUGGCUUAGUAUCAUCUUCGUAUGGUGGUCUGGGUUCUGCAGCAGGUUGCUUUGGAGGGGGCUUCAGUAGUGGUUCAGGCUUAGGUGGCGGUGCAAGUUUUGGUGGUGGUGCAGGAUUUGGCAGUUUUUCUGCAACCUUGGCUGGUGCAGGUGAUGGUGGUUUCCUAUCUGGAAAUGAAAAGGCAACCAUGCAAAACCUGAAUGACCGUCUGGCUUCCUACCUGACUAAAGUACAUGACCUAGAGAAGGAAAACUCUGCACUGGAGCUAAAGAUUAAAGACUGGUAUCUGAAGCAAACUCAUGGUGGGGAAGGGACAGGCCGUGACUACAGUGAAUAUGAAAAGACCAUUGAUGACUUGAGGGAUAAGAUCCAGAAUAUUACUGUGGGGAAUGCCAAUAUCUUGUUAAGUAUCGACAAUGCAAAACUGGCUGCUGAUGACUUCAGACUCAAGUAUGAAAAUGAGCUGAACAUGAGACAAUGUGUUGAAGCAGACAUAAAUGGUAUGCGUAGACUUCUGGAUGACUUGACCCUGAGCAGGGCUGAUCUGGAGUCACAGAUCGAAUGCAUGAAAGAAGACCUAGCCUAUACAAAGAAGAACCAUGCAGAUGAAAUAUCCUCACUGCACUCCCAUGUCACUGGAAAUAUUAACGUCGAAGUAGAUGCAGCUCCUGGCACUGACAUGAUGAAAGCACUGGCAGAAAUAAGGCACGACUAUGAAACCAUAAUAGAGAAAAAUAACGCAGAUGCUGAAGCAUGGUUCAACAAACAGGCUAGUGAACUGAGCAAGGAAAUGACUGUUAGCACAGAAGCACUCCAGACUCACAAGACAGAGAUAACAGACCUGAGACGCACCUUGCAGGGAUUGGAAAUUGAAUUGCAGGCUCAGCUUGCCAAGAAAGGAUCAUUAGACAACACAUUGAGAGAUACAGAGUCUCGCUAUGGUACAAUGUUGCAAGACAUUCAAAUAUCAAUCAAUAAUUUAGAAGCCAGUCUGGCCAAUAUCCGAUCAGAAAUUGAAUGUCAAUCACGGGAGUAUCAACUGCUCUUGGAUGUCAAAACAAGACUGGAAAAAGAGAUCAAUGACUACCGUCAGCUGCUGGAAGGAGAAGAUGGCAGAUAUGCAACAUCUUCAGGUCCAAAGUCCUCCCUAAAUAUCAAAACAAUUGUGGAAGAAUACAAGGAUGGAAAGAAGAUAUCACAGAAGGAGGAGAGGCAUUUAAGGAUGUAAAGUUUACCUAGACCCUUGUGUGCCUACUAUCAACCUGUGAUCAAGGGGAUAAUUUAGAUGUAUUAAUGUUAAGCAAAUGCCGUAUGGGUGAAAGGGAAAACAUGGGAAUGGCAGAUUACAUUCACCAUGACAUAGCUAGCAACAUUCAGUCAAAAAGCAUAAAAGUUGUUGAUUUCUUUCAUAUUGAGUGUGGCCAUUUACUAUCAGUAGAGUGUAGAGAUGGCUAUCAGCAAAAGCAAAAUUGAUUUUUAAAUGGAUAAAAAUCUUUUGCUCCAGAGAGGACUUUUCUUUUCUACAUUGCAAAAAACAGAAAAAGAAUUGUAAGAUUGAAAACCAGGACCAUGCAUUUGACUUGUGUUUGAAGUACACUGUAAAUAAUAUGAUCCAGCCAGAAAUUCAUCAGUUGUAGUCACGGAACAUUCACAGAACAGUCAGAAGUGAGUUUAGAUAAACAGCCAUAUUACUCAUGACUAGCUUGUCUCAUUUUUGUAUUAACACCAUAAUGUUUAAUUUAGCUUAUGUCACUAUUGAGAUCUGUCUGUACUUUUUUUCAGAUGAAAGAUGUAAUAAAGUCUUUUUCUAUUGAA